AUGGCACGCGUGCGGCACCUCUGCGCUCUCGUGCUCCUCGCGCUUCUGGCCGGAGGCUCUUCCGCACAGUGGAGCACGCUGAGUCUCGCCCAGCCGCGCAAGGAGAUGCGGGGUGCGGCAGUUCGCGACCUGGUGUUCUUCGCGGGGGGCUCCGUGUUCUCCAAGACGGUGGAGAUCUACAACAUGACCUCGGGUGUGUGGCGGACGGCGGAGCUCUCGCGCGGUCGCUCGGGCGUCGCCACCACGUCGGUGGGCGAUAGGUUCGUGCUGUUCGCCGGCGGCCUGACGGGGACGUGGGAUAACAGGGUGGCCUCAGCCGCGGUCGACAUCUACAACGUCGACACCAAUACAUGGACAACAGCAGCGCUCUCCCACCCCCGCGUCAACAUAGCGGCGACCUCUGCCGGCGAGCUCGCCUUCUUCGCCGGCGGGAGCAGUGGCGAUGAGUCGCUGCACAGCGUGAUCGACGUCUACAAUGCCACAUCGGGCGCCUGGAGCACGCUGUCGCUCUCCGAAUCACGCACGCUGCUGGGGGCCGUGUCGCUGGGCGAUUUGGUGUUCUUCGCCGGCGGCUACCGGUCGGGCGCCUACACGUCCCUCGUGGAGAUCUACAACACCACGUCGCGGGUGUGGGCCUCGCCGGCCCAUCUGUCCCAGCCCCAGACCAUCAGCGCGGCUUUUGCGAUGGGCAGCAAGGCCUUCUUCCUUGGGCGGAGCGUGACCAACUUCGUCGCCCGCUCGGCGCUGCACAUAUACGACGCCUGCACCGGGGCCUGGACUGCCGUGGCCGUGCCCCGUCUCUCCUACGAGACGGCGACGGCGGCGAACGGGCUCGUGAUACUCGCCGGCACACUGGUCGGCUACGAGACGGCAGGCACGGUCGACAUCUACACUGUCGCCACCGGCGCCUGGACCUCGGCGUCGCUUUCGGUCGCCCGCCGGCACUUGGCCGCCGCCUCGGCGGGCAACGCAAGCCUCCUCGCCGGCGGCGACCUCAACACCGCCACCGUCUCGGACGCAAUCGACGUCUACAGGUCUGCGUACCUGCCGCCGCCUGGCUGCUUGUAA